GGGCGCUGCGGAGGGGCGCGGGUGGCCACGCUGGGAUCUCCGUCCCGGUGUAAAUAGCACAGCCCCCUCCCGCCACCUAGGAGUUAGGCCGCCUCUGUCGCUGAAUGAUUGCAUCACCGAGAGCGGAGAAAACUGCCCUCGCAUCCCUUUGACGUAUGAUGUACUUGCCGUGACAUCACAGCCCUGAGAAGGUGGAAGUCGAGGUUGGCAGGAUUUGAGCCCUUCUUUUUAAAAGGGGAACUUCCUUGUCCCCUCGCAGGACCUCAUGGAGUCCAGAGGGACCAAGAGAGAAGCUGGAGAGAUAGAGGUCGCUGAGCCUGGGAACAAGCUCCCCCGCCCAGCACCCUCCCUGCCCACGGACCCUGCCCUCUACUCUGGGCCCUUUCCUUACUACCGGCGCCCUUCCGAAUUGGGCUGCUUCUCCCUGGAUGCACAGCGCCAGUACCAUGGAGAUGCUCGCGCUUUGCGGUACUACAGCCCACCUCCCACCAAUGGUCAAAGCCCCAACUUUGACCUCAGAGACGGAUACCCUGAUCGAUACCAGCCGCGGGACGAAGAGGUCCAAGAGAGGUUGGACCACCUGCUACGCUGGCUCCUGGCGCACCGAGGCCAGCUAGAGGGGGGUCCAGGCUGGCUGGCAGGGGCCAUAGUGACGUGGCGGGGGCACCUGACAAAACUGCUGACGACACCAUAUGAGCGGCAGGAAGGCUGGCAGCUGGCAGCCUCCCGCUUCCAGGGGACGCUGUACUUGAGUGAGGUAGAGACGCCAGCUGCUCGGGUUCAGAGGCUCACCCGGCCACCGCUGCUCCGGGAGCUUAUGUACAUGGGGUACAAAUUUGAGCAGUACAUGUGUGCAGACAAACCCGGAGUCUCCCCAGAUCCCUCUGGGGAGGUUAACACCAACGUGGCCUUCUGCUCUGUGCUACGCAGCCGCCUGGGAAACCACCCUCUUCUCUUUUCCGGGGAGGUGGACUGCACAAACCCCCAGGUCCCAUCCACACAGCCUCCCACCUGCUAUGUAGAGCUCAAGACCUCCAAGGAGAUGCACAGCCCUGGCCAAUGGAAGAGCUUCUACAGACACAAGCUCCUGAAAUGGUGGGCUCAGUCGUUCCUGCCAGGCGUCCCAAAUGUUGUCGCUGGCUUCCGUAACCCGGAGGGUUUUGUCUGUUCCCUGAAGACCUUUCGUACCAUGGAGAUGUUUGAAUAUGUCAGGAAUGACCGUGACAGCUGGAACCCCUCCGUGUGCAUGAACUUCUGCGCUGCCUUCCUUAGUUUCGCCCAGAACACAGUGGUUGAGGAUGACCCCAGGCUCGUCUACCUCUUCUCCUGGGAGCCUGGCGGCCCUGUCACAGUGUCUGAACACCGAGAUGCACCCCACGCCUUCCUGCCUCCAUGGUACGUGGAAGCUGUGACCCAGGACCUCCCGUCACCACCCAAGGAUUGAUGCUUCACAGGGGCUGGUCCUAUUUCUGUGUGCACAGAUAAAGUCGUAUUUCCAGGUG